AUAAGAACGAACGCCGACCCCGUUCCUGCGAUAACGUCCCCCUAUCGACAUCUGCCGGGUGAUCACCACGCUACCUGAUUGCCGGCGUCGAAGGAACCUAUUAUUCUUCUAGAAGGUUUCCUUUGCUUCUCCGUUACGGUUUACACAACAUUUCAACUUCGCUAUCGACUAUACUGCCCAGCAUGCCGGAACUAGCGGGCUACAAAGACAAGGGCAAGGAGAUCUUCAAGAAAGGAUGGCAUCCGGAGAAGGAGGGAACGUCCUUGAAAGGCCAAGUGAAAGGCUUGCUUGGACGCGGAGAAGAUCCUAGAGAACGUUAUGCGAACCAUCAAUCAACCCCGAUUUCCUCUCUACGAGACCCGGCCUCUUUCCCCCCUCCGCCCAAGCGCAGGACCGGCGACAUGACACCGCCGCCCCCGCCCUCCCGGCCUACCUCUACGAAUCCGGCCGAGUCGCAGCAAUACGGACAGCAACAGCAGUAUGAAGGAGUUGAGGAAGAUGGGCCACCGCCACCUCCGAGACCAUACCGAGUAGACACCACCGGUCUAUCAACAGCACACUUACCGCCCCCUCCCGGCCGCAGAGAUGGAGCCGAUGCCCGACCUCCACCGCCACCUCGCCCUUCUGCCGGAGGACCGCCGAGCCUGCCACCCAGACUACCUCCUCGAUCACCUAUAACUUCUCCGGGCUCGCCACAGGCAGGCGAUGGUUACCUAAACCAAGGCGCCGUAAACCGCCUCGGCGCAGCGGGCAUCAACGUCCCCGGCUUCGGUAUCGGCAGCGAAAAGAGCGCUGCAGCAACUACCUCCAACCAGACUCCUCUAAUGCCGCCACCCCCUUACACCCCUAUCAACCGUCCCGCCCGAUCAACCACCACCAGCUCUACCGGCGGCGGCACCGGAAGCUUGACGGACCAAGCCAAAUCCCAAUUCUCCAAUCUCCAAAACCGCUUCUCCAAACUCACCACGGGCGGCUCUUCCCCCAAUCCAACUUCCCAACCCUACUCCCAACCCUACCACUCUCUCCCUCCCGACUCUUCCACCACCUCAACCUCCACAACCCCCACACCCCCUUCAAAUCGCCCAAUCCUCCCCCCUCCACCACCCGCCUCUCGCGUAUCCCCUACCUCAACAGGCCAUCAAGAAGGUACCACUGCUGCCCCCGAAGGAGGAGGAACAACCUGGGCCCAAAAGCAACAAGCCCUCAAAACCGCUUCGGCCUUCCACAAGGAUCCUCGCUCGGUCUCUUACAGCGAUGCCAAGUCCGCCGGUGGUACGAUCAAUAACUUCCGCGCCAGACACGGGGAUCAGAUAGCGGCGGGGAUGAAGACGGCUCAGAGUCUUGGAGGGAAGGCGGUUGGGGCGGUGGGGGGUUUGAGGGAUCGGUUUGGUGGUGGUUCUGGAGGUUCUGGUGGUGGUGGUGGUUCGACAGGAGCUGGUGGUUAUGGUGGUGCUGGGACGUCACAGCCACCGCCGCCGCCGCCGCCAGUAGGGACAAGGGGGAGGGCGGAGAGUGCUACUUCAUAUGGACAUGGGCACAGCGAGUCGAUCGGAUCUGCUACGGGCGUUGCGCCGGGAAGUCCAUCUGCGGCGGCAAUGGCUGCGGCCAAAAAGAGGCCGCCUCCGCCUCCGCCGCCGAAGAAGAAACCUGCUUUGAUGGCGCCGCCUGUUCCUGCUCCGGGACAAGGGGAACAGGAUGCCCCGCCACCGCCCCCGGUUCCGCUUGCUACGAGACCUGCCUUUUGAGAGGUUGUUAAUGACGGCAAGGGUCAAGGAUAUCUAGGCCGAAAGAUCGUAAUGUAUAAGUUUUGAGUUGUUGGAUAGGGCGAAUACGCGCGUAGAUAAGUACGCGACCUUGAUGGCAGGCAGUCUGAUUAGGCUCAGGCUCCUAG